AUGGCUGAUUCUUUAGCCGGGUCAAGAGCCAAAAGGCAAAAAGUUGAUAAACAUGGUCGACUGUCGGCAUUAGAGAAACUAAAGCAAUUGAAAGGGAAAGGUUCUAAACAUAAAUAUGAUGUAGACGAAAUGGAAAAUGUGUACGACACAGUCGACGAGAAGGAAUACCAUGAUCGUGUUUUACAGCGACAAGAUGAUGACUGGAUUGAAGAUGAUGAUGGAACAGGCUAUGUAGAAGAUGGUCGUGAAAUAUUUGAUGAUGAUGAUGAUAUUGAAGACAGUUAUGUAGCUUCUAAUAACAAAGAAUCUGGACGUGGCACCAAGAGAAAAGCGAGGGUAGCUCCACAACCGACUAGUAAGGGCAAUAUCCGUAACUUACUGGGAGCAAUGCCAGCAAAGAAGAAAGAGGAUAUGAAAAUCUCUGAAGACAAUAUACUCUCAGACAUCAUGUCUGAUUUAGAUGGUAGUGCAGCAUCUUCUGUUAUUAAACCUAAGACGAUUGCUCCUAGCAAAGCUCAUGUUAUAGAGAAUAGCAAGAAAGAAGCUCAAAAUUAUUUCAAAAGCCUUUCAACAAGUAUUAAAAAGCCAGUUCCAAUUAAAACAGAAGAGACUUCGAAAGCCUUAGAAGCAGAUAACAAUAAAAAAACUGAAGUACAAAAUACUGUUAGUAAUGGUCAUACAAAACCAAAGAAACCAGAAUGGAAUAUUGAUAAAGAAAUAAAACGGGAACUCGAAGACUCUGCUACUCAAAAUAUAGAAGAGUUUCAAACGCAAGAAAUAGAUUUCGAUGAUGAUUUUAGCAACAAUCCAACUCCAGUACCUCGUCCAGAAGUUAAGAAAGAAAUAACCAGUACAGCUGACACUAUAACUGAUGUUGCAGAGGAGUUUUUAAAUGAAGAAUUCGAAAUAUUUCCAGUGGUUGAUAAAGAACCACCAAAAGAAUUAAAAACAUUGUCUACUACCUGGACAGAGCAGUUCAAUGAAAAUCAAAAUGUUCAAUCAAUCCAAACGGAUGGACAAUUACCUCUUCAGACAAAUAGUAAUGGUGAAAAAGUGUUUAAAUUCUACUGGCUGGAUGCCUGGGAAGAUAGAUUUGUUAAGCCUGGAGUUGUGUAUCUAUUUGGAAAGACCUAUGUUGAUCCAUCUAAUAAGCAAGCUGGUUGUGUAUCAUGCUGUUUGGUUGUGAAGAACGUAAACAGACAGUUAUUUCUUUUACCAAGAGAAUAUAAAUUAGAUCCGGUGACAUUGGAACCUACAGAUCAAGAGGUAACAAUGAUGGAUAUGUAUCAGGAGUUUAACGAAACAGUUGCAGGUGAAUUAGGUCUUAAAGAAUUUAAGUCACGCAAAGUAACAAAAAGUUAUUGUUUCAACCUUCCCGAUAUACCAGCGCAGUGUGACUAUUUAGAAGUUAAAUAUUCCGCGACAUUCCCUCCACCAUCCACAAGUAAAAAGGGCUUAACUUACUCUCAUAUAUUCGGCAUCAACACAUCUUCACUGGAAACUUUCUUGUUGGAAAGAAAAAUCAAAGGUCCUUGCUGGCUUGAAGUAAAGCAGCCAGAGAAUGUACAAGCGAAAGUGUCAUGGUGCAAACUAGAAGCAGCUUGUGAAAAAAUGGAAUACAUCAAUGUUAUAAGGGAUGACAAGGAUUUGGAACCCCCACCAAUUGUUGUUGCAACUAUUCAUACGAGAACUGUUAUGGAUCACAAAACGAACAAAACGAAAAUAUUAAUGCUUAGCUGCUUAGUGCAUAACGGCUUUCCUAUUCAUAAGCCUCCACCAAACCCUCCUUUUCAUCAGCACUUCUGCGUUAUGACAAAGUGCAAUGAUCUUUGGCCAUUGGAUCUAAAGCAAAAUUUACCGCAAUACAAAAUUACGAAACUUACAAAAUGCGACACAGAAAGGGAACUGCUGAAUUACUUUAUGGUGCAGUUUUGGAAGCUAGAUCCAGAUCUUGUUGUUGGACACGACAUGCAAGGGUUUCAACAGGACCUGCUCAUGGGGAACAUUUUAGAUCUGCGCAUACCUAAUUGGUCACGACUGGGGCGGCUCAAGCGAUCAGUUGCCCCGCAAAAGAAAUUUGCAACAAAGGACGCGUUUCUCGGAAGAUUGGUCUGUGACAUUAAACUUUCAGCAAUGGAACUAAUUCGCUCGAGGAGUUUCGAUCUGGAUACACUAUGUGUCAGUGUCCUGAAAAUGAAAGAAGGCGACCGAGUGGAAAUAGCACUUGAAGAUAUACCACGGUACUACGAAACCAGCAGAGAUUUAUUACAACUGGUGACCUUAAAUAUGCAUGAUGCAUCAUACAUUCUCAAAAUAAUGUGCGAACUGAACGUAAUACCUCUUGCGUUGCAAAUCACUCAGAUCGCAGGUAACAUCAUGUCUCGCACUUUAAUGGGCGGCAGAUCGGAAAGAAACGAAUUCCUAUUACUUCACGCUUUCACCGAGAAAGGUUUUAUUGUGCCAGAUAAAGUAUACGGUAAAAGAGCGGUAGCUGACGAUGGCGACAACGAUGAACACGAUGAGAAUGUGUCCAAGAAGCAAGGCAAGAAGAAAGCUGCUUAUUCAGGCGGUCUCGUGUUAGACCCCAAAAAAGGUUUUUAUGACAAACUAGUUCUUCUCAUGGAUUUCAAUUCCUUAUACCCGAGUAUUAUUCAAGAAUAUAACAUCUGUUUUACGACUAUUAAAAGAAAGAAUGCCGCCGCGUCCGAUGAUGAUUUAAACAAUCUUAUCCUGCCUGGUCCUAAUGCGGAGUUUGGUGUGCUGCCGACACAAAUUAGAAAACUAGUUGAGAGUAGGCGAGAAGUCAAGAAAUUGAUGAAGUCGCCCGAUUUACUACCUGACCAAUAUAUGCAGUACAAUAUUAGACAAACUGCAUUAAAGCUCACAGCAAAUUCAAUGUAUGGGUGUCUCGGUUUCACCCAUUCUAGGUUUUAUGCUAAGCCGCUGGCGGCGUUAGUUACUAUGAAAGGGAGAGAAAUUCUAAUGGACACCAAAGAAAUCGUCCAAAAGUUGAACUACGAAGUUGUGUAUGGUGAUACUGACAGUCUCAUGAUAAACACUAACUGUCUCGAUUAUGAUUACGUGUUCAAAAUCGGUAAUGAUCUAAAAAGGGAAAUUAACAAAAAGUACAAACAAAUAGAACUCGAUAUUGAUGGAGUCUUCAAAUAUUUGCUUUUGCUGAAAAAGAAAAAAUAUGCCGCUGUUGUCAUCAGUAAAAAUAAAAAUGGAGAAUUCGUUUUAACUCAGGAACACAAAGGUUUGGAUAUUGUGCGUCGCGAUUGGUCACAGUUAGCGGCUGAGGCAGGCAAAUUUAUAUUAAGUCAAAUACUAUCCGAACAAUCUGCUGAUGACAGAUUGGAGAAUAUACAAAUGCAUCUGAAUAAGCUGAGAGAAGAUUUAGUCGGCAACAAAAUUCCGUUGUCACUAUUAACUAUAACAAAACAACUGACGAAAAAUCCCAACGAAUAUCCCGAUAAAAAUUCGCAGCCGCAUGUUCAGGUCGCUUUGCGGCUUAACAGCAAAAACAGCAGACGCUUCAAAAAGGGAGAUAUAGUGCCGUAUAUAAUUUGUGAAGACGGCACAGCCAAUUCGGCUACGCAGAGGGCUUAUCAUAUUGAAGAAUUAAAAAAUUCUGAACAUUUAAAAGUCGAUUACAAAUAUUAUUUAGCACAUCAGCUACAUCCAGUGAUAUCUCGUAUAUGCGAACCUAUUGAAGGAAUGGACCCGGCUCGCGUCGCUGACUGCCUUGGCUUAGACCCUUCGGGCUACAGACAAAUUAUUAGGAAAGACAACACCAACUCAGAUACAUACGAAGUUGAAAAUGAACAAGAAAAAUAUAGAUAUUGUAAAGAAUUCACGUUUGUCUGCAUAAAUGAAAACUGUAAGACUGAUAAUAAAAUACGAGAAACGUGUUUGAAAGUAGAUAAAGAUAGUGUCACAUUUUUAGAAAAAUGUCAAAAUGAUAAAUGUACUUUGAAGCCAGUGGAUUAUUUGGCGUGUAUUCAGAAUCAGUUGGCUUUACAAAUAAGACAAUAUCACGCUCAAUAUUAUGCUGGUUGGAUAUCCUGUGAGGAUCCUGCUUGUGGUUACCGCACUGCGAGGUUACCGCAAACAUUUGCAGGGGGAUAUCCACUGUGUAGGCAGUGCGAGAAAGGAGUCAUGUUUAGGGAAUAUACUGAAAAAGACUUGUAUUUACAGGUCAACUUCUUUUUGUACCUGUUCGAUCUUAGUAAACACACUACAGCAAAGCAAAGAACAACUUCCCAAAUAACAUCAGCAUUUCAAGUAUUAAAAGAGGCUGUAGAAGAUUAUUUGGCGCAUUCCGCAUAUUCUAUUAUUAACUUAUCAAAGUUGUUCCGCUUCUUUACUGUGGAUAACAAGGAUGGAAAUGGUUUGAAGUCUGAGCCAGUUGAAAUAGACAUUUUACCUGAAACUGAACACAUUGAUGCAUUGAUGGAAAUGGGAGCAUAUUAA